AUGAACUUCCCUCCAUCAAUGACAACAAUACAAGAAACCCAACAACACGGCAGCAACAACAAUAACAACAACAUCAGUAGCAAUGCCAAUAGUGUUACUGGUGCCGGAGCAGGGGGAGGCGGUGGCGGUGGCGGUGGUAAUAAUAGCACACACAACAGUACAACGUCAGCAAUGGUUGAUGGUGAUAUGGGUGGUGACAACAAUAGCCAACACUUGCCCAAUAGUAUGGGCCUCGAGGAACGCAGUGUCAUAAUCGAACAGAAAGAUGUAAAUCGCAGUCGACUGUAUUUGAGUGCAAGGGCAGAUAGCAGUGGUGGUGGGGGCCAGCUGCUGCCCACAACGACGACGACGACAAUAAUUAAACAAUCACCCACAUCACCACCUAAUCCAAUGGAUGUUCAACCGCCCGCAGCAGCCCAUCCACAUCAUACAACUCAACAUCAUAAUUCAGCACAUCAUCAUCAAAGUCUUGGCCAAAAUGCCGAAGGUCUAUACUCAGCGGCAGCAGCAAAUGAUAGUCAUGCGAGUGCAAAUUUAGGCGACAACAUGGAUUUAUCAACAACAUCGUCACAGCAACAUCAGCAGCAUCCCCACCAUCAAUCUCACCACCACCCCCUGCACUCACAGCAUGCUAAUUUGAGACUAAGCAAUAGUUCAACAAAUCCCAGCAGCCAUCUUUUGGAUAAUUGUCCUUCGACGACGACGAAUAUCGGCUCAUCGUAUUCCUCAAUACAACGGCAUAAACAGGAAUUACCUUUACCCCUAACCACCUCCUUGGCCGAGUGUCAACUUACGCCCACAGCAACCAAUGAUGAAGAAAUGGUUUUGGCAGGCCAUUCUGCCUUGGGCGGUGUUGGCGUUGUUGUUGAACGUCCUCCCCCACCAUCAUAUCAUGCCACCACAGUGGCAGCGGCAGCAGCUGCUGCUGCAGCAGCCAAAAUUUACAAUCCCAAUUCGUCGUCAUCAUCGUCGGGUGCAACUGCAACUGAUAUGGAUACAAUAGCCGCGGCAGCCACUGAAGCAUUAAAUGCUGCCAACCCCGCCCGUCUCAGUGCCUAUGAACAAUUUCUGAAACUUUCAGCCCAGGAAUAUACAACGGCAGCGGCUGAGAAUGCAGCUCUUAAUUUAAGUUCAGCAGCAGCUGCAGCGGCAGCCAUGGCCGCGGCAGUGGUCAAUGCAACUGGUGGUGCCGUGGCGGGAGCUGUAAGUACAACAACGGGCGUUGUUGCUUCACCCCUAGUUGCGGCAGGUGGCGGUCUAGGGAGUGGUGGUGUUGUUGUUGGUAGCAAUAGUAGUGUAUUAGGUAAUAGUAAUAGUAUUGGUCAUAGCAAUAGCAGUAGUUCUACGGUGUUGCUAAGCACUGCAACGAGUAAUAAUAAUAAUGAUUUGUCCAGUUCACAUCAUCAUAAUUGUGAACGUAAUUAG